AUGUUCUCACAAAUUUUCAACAAGGCAAGGGGGCUUUUUCCUGGCACGGCCGCAGACGAUAGCUCGUUCACCGCCCACGCUUCUACUUCAGAGGCAACAACAGACAGCACAAUUGACUCGACACCCACAGCCACAGACAUGGUGACGGCAACUCGACGGGGCCAGGUUGGCUCGCCGCAGAUAAACGGCUCAGAUGUCGCUGCGAACGGAAAGAGAAAAACCCGGACGACGAGAUCGGAUAGUCAAUCGAACAAACGGAGACGGACCAGGCCUGAGGAUGGAAACGACAAUAUCGAAAGGCAUCAGACCAGUGUAGUGGUGGAAAUUCCACUGAGGCGAAAACUCGUCGAGGAUGGCGUGGCCGAUGAAGUGCCCGAAACACAGCAGACGAACGAGACAAGUAAUAGCAUAGAAGAGGAGGCUACCGAUGAAUCCCAGAAUACGACGUUAACAAAUUCGCCUAAGAAUGCUAAAAACCAUAUUCGGUUCGGCAGCGAAGAACCUGCGCCGGUCUUGAACGGAGCGGAAGAAAUCCCAGAAACUCAGCCUGUGCCACCUGAAGAAGAGGCAAGCAGUGAUGAUGAUGAUGACGACGAGGCACCUGAGGUAGUCGACAACUCGGCGCAAUUAUUGUCGCUUAAAGUGCAAGCUCAGAAACAGGAAGAGGCACGAAAGAGGGACGAAAUUCUACGAAGAGAGAAACGAAAGUUGCAGGACGAGAGGAAUAAAUCUCAGGCCAAAGCGUCCAAAAAAACCAAAUUAGAGAAGCCAUCAGAGUCUCGACCUGCCGAACCAACAUUAAUGCAGGACGAUGAUUUAGUCUCUGAAAGUACGGCAACUCUUCAAGGAUCUGUUGUGCGAGACACUGGUCGAUUGGUGCUGCCAGCUCUUCUGCCAGACGAGAUCUUGAAUGCCGAACCAGUCUAUACAGCGCCUUCACCCGCUCCUGAGCAAUCCCGACAGAACACCAAGAAGCACAAGUUCUUCGACGAUGUUAAGAAGCCUGCCAAGGACAUCCGCCACGGAGAUGUGACGAUUAGAGUCCUCGAAAACCAGAAAAACAUGCUGCCUCCCAAGAGUUCCACAGCCGGGCAAAACUUGAAGGCAGCCUGGAUGGCUGGUCGGCGAAACAAGAAUGCCCCUUCAGGACUCAAGCGAGUCAGCGGGGGGCAAAAGGGGUUUGUUCGGCGUUGA